CCCCCCCGCUGAGCAACCCGAGUCUGCGCGGUGUGCGUGCAGGCGUGGCCGAGGCACUUUGUAGACGCUCCCUUACUUUCCCCCGCCCCGGUUCCUCGCGGGGUCGGAAGCAGCGGACGCUCCCUGACCCGGGGGGCGGGGCCAGCGGGGCGCGCAGGUAAACAGCCAAGAUGGCGGCGCCCGUGGCGGUCCCCUGCGCCCAACCCGAGCCCGAGGCGGAAGCGGAGGCGGGCGCCAUGGGCCUCACGGCGCUGCCCGGGGAGCUGCUGGAGCUGAUCCUCUGCUCCGCCGCGCUGGGCGCCGCCGACAUCGGCCGCGUCUCCUGCACCUGCCGGCGGCUGCGCGACGCCUGCGCCCCCCGCGGCAAGGUCUGGCGGGAGCGUUUCCGCCUCAGGUGGCCAUCACUACUGAAAUAUUAUAACCAGACAGAUGGUGUUAAUUGGCUCGAGGAAUAUAAAGCACGCCGCAAUGCUGGUUUAGAAGCUCGACGAAUUGUAUCUUCAUUCUCCAAAAGGUUCUUUUCAGAGCACGUCCCCUGUGAUGGCUUCAGUGACAUUGAAACUCUUGGAUGUCCAAGUCAUUUUUUUGAGGAUGAGCUGAUGUCUAUCCUUAAUAUGGAAGGAAGGAAGGGUCUUACCUGGAAAUACUAUGCAAAAAAAAUUCUAUACUUCCUACGACAGCAGAAUAUUUUAAAAAACCUGAAGGAAUAUCUUCAACAGCCUGUGGACCAGCAGUCAUUUUUGGAAGGUGCUGUCUUAAUUGAUCAGUACUGUAAUCCACUAUCAGACAUCUGUCUAAAAGGUGUCCAGGCCCAAGUGGAUGAUAUCACAGAUAAAGUUCGCAAAGACCUUCGGACAAAAAACCCUAGACAUCCAAGCUUGGCUUCAAAGGCAGGAGAGUUCUUAAUGAUUCCUGAAGUGGAGCUUCAAAGGCAGGUACUUGAUGCUAUGAACUGUGUCCUGUAUGAACAAUUAAAAUACAAAGGAAAUGAGAUGGACUACUACAACUCUCUGAACUCAUAUAUUCACCAGGUUUUGAUCCGCAGGACUGGAAUCCCAAUCAGUUUAUCUAUUCUCUAUUUAACAAUUGCCAGGCAGUUGGGUGUCAGACUUGAGCCAGUCAACUUUCCUAGUCAUUUCCUUUUGAGAUGGUGUCAAGGAAAAGAAGGAAGCACAGAUAUCUUUGACUAUACUUACAUAGAUGCCUUUGGAAAGGGAAAGCAGCUCGCUGUGAAAGAAUGCGAGUACCUUAUUGGCCACCAUGUGACUGAGGAGUUUUAUGGAGUGGUGACUUCAAAAGAGGUCUUGCAGCGUAUGGUGGGAAACCUCUUAAACCUUGGAAAGCGAGAAAGUACUGAUCAGUCUUACCAACUCCUGAGGGACUCUUUGGAUCUAUACCUGGCUAUGUAUCCAGACAAUGUGCAACAUCUAAUGCUCCAAGCUAGGUUAUACUUCCACCUGGGAAUCUGGCCAGAAAAGGUUCUGGACAUCCUGCAGCAUAUUCAGGCCUUGGACCCAUCUCAGCAUGGAGCAGUAGGAUAUUUGGUUCAACAUACCCUGGAACAUAUUGAACGCCGGAAAGAGGAAGUGGGGCCAGAGGUGAAGCACCGUUCUGAUGAGAAGCACAAAGAUGUUUGCUUUUCCAUUGGGUUGAUAAUGAAACACAAGAGGUGCUGAAUACUGUAGUGAAGGGUAGGCUGGGACUGUUCAACCUUGGAGUAAGAAGAGAGAGGUGUCAGCAUCUCUGAAGUGAUUUAAGGGAUGGGGGUGAGGCAGGAGCAGUGGUAAUAUUGCUUUUUCAGCCUUUGAAGGGAGAAUAAAGCUGUUUGGUUCAGUCAAGGAAACAAGUGUUUUCUUUAUUUAAAAAAAAAUCUGUUCGUUGACCACUAAAAUAAAAUAGAAGAAGUUCCAGUCGGCUGUCACAUUAGAGGGAAUAUUAUUAAAUGAUCUCUGUCAUGAGAAGUGUGUACUUGCCAAAUGGAUAGGAUUAAAAAUUAGCAUCGUAACGGCUCCAUUACAUACUAGCAUAUUCAAAAUGACUUUUCAGUGGCUCUCCCCAAGCUUAAGGUGGAACACUGCAAUUCUUAAUCUUCAGCAGUCGGUGGUGGUCUUAAUAUGUGAUUACCAAAAAACCCGCACUGGAUAAACACUGCUUUAAGGCUGCAAAGUUGAGCACUCAGAAAUUGGGAAAUGCCAGUUAAGGUUGUCUUUGCAUCCUUAAUUCUUCCCCAGCUGCCCAAAUGUAUAUGUAUUACAAUCCUAGUUACUUUUUAUUGUAUGCAUUAAAGUUACAAAUAUUUGUUACCUAGUUACAAAUAAUUAAGUUACUUUAUAAAGUAACUGAGUAACACAUGAUAAAAUUACAAUUUAUGGCGUCCUUUCUCCCCACCCAGGAAGUCCCACAUCAUUCACUGCACAGUCUGUACUUGCUCUAAGACUGAAUUGGUUAUGAGGUAAAGGGGGCUCUUGAUAUGCAGGCCCAAGGUGUUUAGUGACAGUGGUAUUGUAGGAGAAGGGUACCCUAUAGAAAAAGAAAUAUGUGAUCAUAUAAUUGUAUACAACAAUGUUGAAAUAAGUUUGGAUAAGAACUAGUUUUUCUUAACAAUAGAAUACUUAAUUUAGCAAAUGUAAUGUUCUUUCAGACUUGCCAUUCUUAUGUGUUACUCCCUUUUAACCCC